ACCUGACUCUAAACUGAAAUGAAAGAAUUUUAUGUCCAUGAGAUGUAACAAGACAGAUGCUGAGAGCCUAGCCCAGCUAGAGAACCUGUGCAAACAGCUGUAUGAAACUACAGACACUGCAACACGGCUUCAGGCAGAGAAAGCCUUGGUUGAAUUCACCAAUAGUCCAGACUGCCUGAGCAAGUGCCAGCUUCUUCUAGAAAGAGGGAGUUCAUCCUACUCCCAGUUAUUGGCAGCUACAUGCCUUACCAAACUUGUGUCACGCACAAACAACCCUUUACCGUUGGAGCAGCGAAUAGACAUUCGGAACUAUGUGCUCAAUUACCUUGCCACUAGGCCAAAGUUGGCAACGUUUGUUACACAAGCACUAAUCCAAUUAUAUGCCAGGAUCACAAAGUUGGGCUGGUUUGACUGUCAGAAGGAUGAAUAUGUCUUCAGGAACGUGAUCACAGAUGUCACAAGGUUUUUACAGGAUAGUGUAGAACACUGCAUCAUAGGAGUGACAAUCCUGUCCCAACUAACUAAUGAAAUUAAUCAAGUAAGUGCUACAGCCUUCCUCAGUGAAGCGGAUACUACUCAUCCACUGACCAAGCACAGGAAAAUAGCCUCUUCCUUUCGAGAUUCAUCUUUAUUUGAUAUAUUCACGUUGUCAUGCAAUUUACUGAAACAGGCUUCUGGGAAGAACCUGAAUCUGAAUGAUGAAAGCCAGCAUGGUCUGCUCAUGCAGCUUCUUAAGCUCACCCAUAAUUGUCUGAACUUUGAUUUCAUUGGCACAUCAACAGAUGAGUCCUCAGAUGAUCUCUGCACAGUGCAGAUCCCAACCAGCUGGAGAUCAGCUUUCUUGGAUUCCUCAACACUUCAGUUGUUUUUUGAUCUUUAUCAUUCCAUCCCUCCUUCAUUUUCUCCUCUGGUUUUAUCCUGUUUAGUGCAGAUAGCUUCUGUACGCAGGUCCCUCUUUAACAAUGCAGAAAGAGCAAAGUUCCUAUCUCAUCUCGUUGAUGGAGUAAAACGAAUACUGGAAAACCCACAGAGUUUGUCAGACCCAAACAACUACCAUGAGUUCUGUCGAUUGCUGGCUCGAUUGAAAAGCAACUACCAGCUGGGAGAACUAGUGAAGGUGGAGAACUAUCCAGAGGUUAUCCGACUCAUUGCCAACUUCACAGUGACCAGCCUGCAGCAUUGGGAGUUUGCACCAAACAGCGUUCACUAUCUGUUAAGCUUAUGGCAGCGGCUGGCUGCAUCGGUGCCCUAUGUUAAAGCCACAGAGCCUCACAUGCUAGAAACAUACACACCAGAAGUCACAAAAGCUUACAUCACAUCCAGGCUGGAAUCUGUGCACAUCAUAUUGAGGGAUGGCUUGGAGGAUCCACUGGAUGAUACUGGACUUGUGCAACAACAGCUAGAUCAGCUAUCCACUAUUGGCCGGUGCGAGUAUGAGAAGACCUGUGCUCUGCUUGUGCAGCUCUUUGACCAGUCAGCCCAGUCCUACCAGGAGCUGCUGCAGAGUGCCACCGCUAGCCCUAUGGAUGUUGCUGUGCAAGAAGGGCGCCUGACGUGGCUCGUCUAUAUUAUCGGGGCAGUGAUUGGUGGUAGGGUCUCGUUCGCCAGCACGGAUGAGCAGGAUGCGAUGGAUGGCGAGUUGGUUUGUCGGGUGCUACAAUUGAUGAACCUUACAGACUCUCGUCUGGCUCAGGCUGGGAAUGAGAAAUUGGAGCUUGCAAUGCUUAGCUUUUUUGAGCAAUUCCGGAAGAUCUAUAUUGGAGAUCAGGUGCAGAAGUCUUCCAAGCUGUACCGUCGUCUCUCGGAGGUCUUGGGGUUGAAUGAUGAGACCAUGGUCCUGAGUGUCUUCAUAGGAAAAAUCAUCACGAACCUGAAGUACUGGGGUCGAUGUGAACCUAUCACUUCCAAGACUCUGCAGCUGCUCAAUGACCUCUCCAUUGGAUACAGUAGUGUUAGAAAACUGGUGAAACUGAGCGCUGUACAGUUUAUGCUGAACAAUCACACGAGUGAGCACUUUUCCUUCCUGGGUAUUAACAAUCAGUCCAACCUGACUGACAUGAGAUGUCGGACUACUUUCUAUACUGCACUUGGGCGUCUUCUCAUGGUGGAUUUAGGGGAAGAUGAGGAUCAAUAUGAGCAGUUCAUGCUUCCCCUUACAGCUGCUUUUGAGACUGUGGCACAGAUGUUCAGUACAAAUACUUUCAAUGAACAAGAGGCAAAAAGAACGUUGGUUGGUUUGGUGAGAGACUUGAGGGGAAUAGCCUUUGCCUUCAAUGCCAAGACCAGCUUCAUGAUGCUGUUUGAAUGGAUCUAUCCAUCGUACAUGCCAAUCCUGCAGCGGGCAAUUGAACUCUGGUACCAUGACCCAGCCUGCACUACACCUGUCCUCAAACUGAUGGCUGAGUUGGUACAUAAUAGAUCCCAACGGCUGCAGUUCGAUGUGUCCUCACCAAAUGGCAUCCUGCUUUUCCGAGAAACAAGUAAAAUGAUAACUACUUACGGAAAUCGUAUCCUAACACUUGGGGAGGUCCCAAAGGAUCAAGUCUAUGCCUUGAAACUCAAGGGGAUUUCCAUCUGCUUCUCUAUGCUGAAGGCCGCACUGAGUGGGAGCUAUGUCAACUUUGGGGUCUUCCGUCUGUAUGGGGAUGAUGCACUGGACAAUGCCUUGCAAACUUUUAUCAAGCUUCUGCUUUCCAUCCCUCACAGUGACCUUCUGGAUUAUCCCAAACUCAGCCAGUCAUACUAUUCCUUGCUGGAAGUUCUUACCCAGGACCACAUGAACUUUAUAGCCAGUCUGGAGCCUCAUGUAAUCAUGUAUAUUCUCUCUUCCAUUUCAGAAGGCCUCACUGCACUAGACACGAUGGUUUGCACAGGCUGCUGCUCCUGUCUGGACCACAUUGUCACCUAUCUCUUCAAGCAGCUGUCUCGCAGCACCAAGAAGAGGACCACACCUCUGACCCAGGAGAGCGACCGGUUCUUGCACAUUAUGCAGCAGCACCCAGAGAUGAUUCAGCAGAUGCUGUCAACAGUGCUGAAUAUCAUCAUCUUUGAGGACUGCAGGAACCAGUGGUCAAUGUCUCGGCCUCUGCUUGGCUUGAUACUGCUUAAUGAAAAGUAUUUCUCUGACUUGAGGAACAGUAUAGUGAACAGCCAGCCUCCAGAGAAACAGCAGGCAAUGCACUUGUGCUUUGAGAACCUCAUGGAAGGCAUUGAACGCAACCUCCUAACCAAGAACAGGGACAGGUUUACACAAAACCUGUCAGCGUUCAGGCGAGAGGUAAAUGAUUCCAUGAAGAACUCCACCUACGGUGUGAACAGCAAUGACAUGAUGAGCUGACGUCUCCCAACUCCACCUGUACAGAGCAGCAUCUCUUUGGCCUGGCCCAGAGGGGUUACCAUUUCCGAUGGAAAGAAAAGAGAGCGUUUCUAAUCCCUGCUCUUCCCUAGGGCUGGAUUGCGGCGCUCGCUUUGACCGUACUCCACGUCCUGAGGGAGGAGGGAACAGGAGGGGUUAAGCUCACCAGGGCAGGGUGCUUCUGUUUCCGUGGGAGGGGGUGGAAGGGCAUAAGCCAGGUGCAAGAAUCCAGCGUCUCCCUACCAGAAUGUCUGCGUGGAACGCCAGCGCUCUGCUGCAGCCUGCCUUGUAUAAACAUGUACAUUUUUUCAUAACAUUUUGAACAAGGUUUAUAUUGACUCAAUUUAAAAAAAAAAAGUGUGAUUGAAAUUUUUACAGAGUCCUGGUGCACCAGUGCUGGCGUGAGGGUUGUGUAUGCGAGUGAGGAAAGUGUGUCCUGCAGGCCUGAAGCUUUACUGGGCAAGGGGUGGGUGUGUGAAAGUGCAGAGAUAUAUUUAGUGACAAGUGUAGAGAGAAGCAAAAACAAAAACAAAAAAAACAAACAUUGUAAAAUUCCAAAUGUAUAUUUUUUCUUAUUAAGCCCCUUGAAAUCACAAUUUCCUGUUACCGUCUUGCCCUUGUUAUUAGGAACUCUAAGCCAUGCUGCGUGAUCUCUCAUUCGUGCUUGCUCGUGGGUGUCUCUCCUAUCCCCCCAGUGUAACAGUAGGCGCUGUCCCCCUUGUCAAUUUGCUUCUAGUAGGGCCCUCGCCUCCCUCCCUCUGGGUGACCUGUUGAACUGACAUGUUGCGUGGGUGCCAGCUUCCCCCUCUGUCCCAGCAGCGCUGCAGUAGGCACUCUCCUGACUGAACCUUGUACUUGUUUCCUAGUUGCUGUAAAGCUGGAAGCAUGUGUGGAAUAACCAGGCUGGGGGUGAGCUUGCCCUGGUCUUGUGAGCUUGCCCACCACAGAGCUAGUGCAGUUGGCCCUUAGGGCAGGGCAUGCGUACUUGGACAGAACCAGGAGCGCAGGACCGCUGCAAUGAAUUAGCCACCUUGGAGGGUUCUUAAUAACAAGGUUUGCCUAGCAUGAAGUAUUUAACAACCCCUUUAAAAUGAUUCCAUUUUUUUCUAAGUCACCAUAAUAAAUGUUUUGGAUAUAAAAUUUACUUACAGAGAAAAGCUGAUGGGGGAGGGAAACCUGUUUGCCUUGUACUUUUCCCACUAUUGUUGCUGCUAGUCGUGUGCAUUCUCUUGCUCAGCUCUACCCCAGACACUCGGUCCUUAGGGUUUCAGUUUUUCUUCCCAGACACCACCUAUUCUUAAUUUUAUUUUCUUUUUUUUCUUUUUUUUUUUUUUUUGUUCUUUCCUCUGGCGAUUGUGUGUUGGGUCCUUUUUCGCGUGAGCAGAUUGCUGGUUGACUUGUAAGGGUGUUUGCUGCAUACAGUGUAAGCAUUGUGACUGCAAAUAAACUUCAAUGGUUUCUACUGA